CGCGAUGUCCGCGCGGCGCAGGUAGGGCUGGGGGAACUACAGUUUCCGAGCCCGCCUUCAGAUCAUUUUUGCACCAUUAGAACAAGCAGAAAGCGAAGAAGGCUGGUGUUUGGGGAAGCGGAGCAGCAUUUUCGAGGUUAAUGCGCCGACGGACGUGUCAAAGCGAAGUUGCAGGGGUGUGAAGACCACUCUGUCUACGCUGAACUCAUGCAGAUUUACUUCCCCUUUGCGGCCAUUCCUUCGUCGAAGUUCAUCUCCCCCAGCAGUCACAGAGGUUCUCGGUGAGGACUUGGUCUUGGCUCGAUCGGUGUGCGGGGCAUGCGGCAGCGCUGCGGAUGCAUUACAAUCAAUAAACGACGAUAUGAGAGUCGUGUUUAUUUAUUUUUUGCUUGUUUGUUCGUAAUACCGGGACUGUCGUUUGUCGUUAUGCACAGUCGCACACGUUAACAGUGUUUUAGAUUACACCGUGUCAACUUGAGUUGAUUGGGAAACCAAGAUGAAGUUCAACGGGUACCUGAAGUUGAGGAUCGGGGAGGCGGUGGACCUGAAGCCGACCACCUUUUCUCUACGCCAUUCUGUUAUAUUCAACAAGACGUCACCCUCUCUGGACCCCUAUAUCGUUGUCAAGGUGGACGAGUAUAAAAUCGGGCAGACGCACACUAAGCAGAAGACCAACACGCCGACAUACAACGAGGAGUUCAGCCUGAAUGUGAGCGACGGCAGGAAGCUAGAGCUGGCCGUCUUCCACGACGCGCCGAUCGGCUACGACGACUUCGUGGCCAACUGCACCAUCCAGUUCGAAGACUUGAUCAAAACUUCGAACAUGGAGGACACUUUCGAAGGAUGGGUUGACCUAGAGCCAGAGGGCAAAGUAUACAUCGUCAUCACUCUCACUGGCUCCUUCAUCGAUGAGGAUGCCACGGGCCCCGAGAGAUCCUACCGGCAGUUCACCAGGAAACGCCAGGGGGCAGUGCGUCGACGCAUCCACCAGGUCAACGGCCACAAGUUCAUGUCCACGUUCCUGCGACAGCCAACCUUCUGCUGCCACUGCAAGGAAUUCAUCUGGGGUAUGUUUGGGAAGCAGGGAUAUCAGUGCCAAGUGUGUACCUGUGUGGUACAUAAGAGGUGUCACCAGGUGGUUGUGAACUCCUGCCCUCGGAUGAAGAAGCCAGCUAAGGAGGAGACCACAAACCAGGGCUUCAGCAUCAACGUCCCCCACAAGUUCAACAUCCACAACUACAAGGUUCCCACCUUCUGUGACCACUGUGGCUCGCUGCUGUGGGGCAUUAUGAAGCAAGGCCUGCACUGCAAGAUCUGCAAGAUGAAUGUCCACAUCCGCUGCAAAGGCAAUGUGGCUCCCAGCUGUGGCGUGAACAGCAUGGAACUGGCCAACCGGCUGUCAGAGAUGGGUCUGCAGGCAGGCGGCCUUUCCAAGCGUAACUCCCUGUCCGCACUGAGUGAGGAGCGCCAGCGGAGCUCUAGCAUACGGAGCGAGAGCCAAAUGGGCGUCCCGGAGCAGCAGAGCCAGCGACGGGGUAUAUCGGACUUCACGUUCCUGCAGGUGCUGGGCAAGGGCAGCUUUGGCAAGGUGAUGCUGGCACGGAUGAACGACAGGGAUCGUGUGUUCGCGGUGAAGGUGCUGAAGAAAGACAUCAUCCUGCAGGAUGACGAUGUCGAGUGCACCAUGACUGAGAAGAGGGUUCUGUCACUUGCCCACAGCCACCCCUUCCUGACGCAGCUAUACUGCUGCUUCCAGACGCCGGAACGUCUCUUCUUCGUCAUGGAGUUCGUCAACGGGGGUGACCUCAUGUUCCACAUCCAGAAGUCACGGAAGUUUGAAGAGGCGCGGGCACGGUUCUAUGCGGCUGAGAUCACCUCUGCCCUCAUGUUCCUGCACGCCAAGGGCAUCAUCUACAGGGACCUAAAGUUGGACAAUGUGCUGUUGGACCAGGAUGGCCACUGCAAGCUGGCCGAUUUUGGCAUGUGUAAGGAGGGCAUGUUUGACGGCAUGGCCACUGGGACCUUCUGUGGGACCCCCGAUUAUAUCGCUCCUGAGAUCCUCCAGGAGAUGCUGUAUGGACCGUCAGUGGAUUGGUGGGCGCUGGGCGUGCUGCUGUACGAGAUGCUUUCCGGCCACGCCCCCUUUGAGGCGGAGAACGAAGACGACCUCUUCGAGUCAAUUCUCAACGAGGAGAUCGUCUACGCGUCCUGGCUGAGCGCCGAUGCCGUGAGCAUCCUCAAAGCAUUCUUGACCAAGAAUCCGGCACGACGGCUGGGCUGUGUGGAGGCAGAUGGCAGUGAGAUGGCCAUCACCAGCCAUGCGUUCUUCACCACCAUUGAGUGGGACAAGCUGAACAACCGGGAGGUGGAGCCACCUUUCAGACCUAGAAUUAAAACGGCAGAGGACGUGAACAACUUUGACCCAGACUUCACACGCGAGGAGCCCACCCUCACACCCAUUGAUGAUCCAGUCAUUUCCUCUGUCAACCAGGACGAGUUCCGGAACUUCUCAUUCACGUGCCCUGAACUGGUGGAAGAGUAGAGCUCUUUGUCCAUUCCUGUCUUCUCUCCUUGUUUUGUUUUAUCCGCACAACAUCUACCUACUGGAAGCUUCUUUUCUUUCCCCUUUAAAUUCAGUUCCUGGAGAACCAGCCAACAGUUUACAUGGAGGACCAAUGCUGUGGUCAAGCACAUAGAGGCAUGACAACUACCACUGACCCCUGUCUGGAUAUCUGAUGGCCCUACAGUGAGGCAGUGCAUCCCACCUCCCCUGAUAUACAGUGACACUCUGACAUGAUGUGAUGAAGCUGCAAGUGAACCACAGGAAGUGGAUUGAUGGGUUAAUACAAAACUGUCGUGUCUAGAUUGCCAAGACUUGGACAGAUGCUUGUAGAUCCAUAGUGUUUUCAGUACUCCUUCAUAUUCAGGAGUGCCUGUUGCAGUAUGGAUGUUAGAACAUGCCCUGGCCACCCAUUCACACCCACGAUAAUGUAACUGCGAAAGGGUUUACUUGGAAGGCUGAAGUGUUGGCAGUUCUGGAUGGUAGUUCUAUAAACAAUGCAGAUGGUCAUCUUUUGUUUAAAUGAGUUGCAUGUAACAGACGUGCUGGGGGUCCUGGGACUCUCAGGGUUCUCGCGGUUCUCUGUUCAGGCGCAGAGGCUGAGAGGCAGGUACCAAGUGUUCUUCAUGUAUCUGCCUGUGUGCUGUGAAUUAGAAGAUGAAUAUAUUUAAAAUAUGGAGUGUUUUAUACGGGUAACUCAUAAGACGUAAGGGUAUAUGGUUGGAGAACGUAAGUUCUUCCUAACCUAAAUCCUUUUAGUUUUAGGGGGUUGGUUAACCCAGUGUGGUGGAAUAUGUAGCAGUUCUAACGAUAUGACCUGCAAGAUAUUCUAGUCUUUCGUCUAACUUCGCUUGGAUUCACCAGAUUACAAGACUUCAUUCAACAGUGAUCCUCCCAGAUGAGAAAAUGCAUGUUUUUUUUUUAACAUUUUUUUUUUGACUAUGUGACAAAGUAUUACUGAUACUUAAACUAUCAGCAUGUGUUACUUGGGUCCCUGGGACUGUUGACAACUGAAAUUUCCACGUGUAAAUAGCAUUUCCCAAGACUUCUGCAGUUUGAUCGCAGCAGUAGAGGGGGUUGUGCUUUUGGCGCCCUUCGCCACCUGCUAAUCUCUGCUUUCUGCCUGUUGCUUUGCCCAGAGCAGUUCCCCAAACAGGCCCCUGUGCUCCAUGUGACCACAAAUUUCCCAGCAUUCUGUCCUAAGCCACAGAUCAUGGUGUUAUGAGCCAUUGACCAAAACCACCGCUAUUAAGUGCUGUAGGCCAAAUACCCCAAAGCUAAAUAAAAACGAAGCCAUUACAGAUCGA